CAUGUCUAGCAAUAUUGUUACUUUUCUAGUUUUCUUCUUCUACCUUGCUUUCUUUGCCAUUGUUUCUCCUGCUAGAAGAGUCCUUCUAGACUCAAAAAACAUUGCAGCCUCCUCCAUUGAUGGUGGUAGCAACUUCACCUAUGUAUGUGAUCCUUCAUGGUAUUCUAGCCUUGGCCUGGACUUGUCAUCCUUUGCCUUCUGUGACUCUGAAUUGCCGUAUGACGUUAGAGCUAAGGACUUGGUGGACCGGAUGACAUUGAUGGAGAAAGUGAAGCAGCUUGGUGAUGGUUCAUACGGGGUGCCUAGGCUAGGAUUGCCUAAGUAUGAGUGGUGGUCUGAAGCACUCCAUGGUGUGUCCAAUGUUGGUCCGGGGGCUUAUUUUGAUGACGUGGUUCCGGGUGCAACGAGCUUUCCUCCUGUUAUUCUUACAGCUGCGUCGUUUAAUCAGUCCUUGUGGAAAACCAUUGGUCAGGCUGUUUCAACAGAAGCAAGAGCUAUGUACAAUCUAGGAAGAGCUGGGUUAACAUUUUGGAGUCCUAACAUUAACGUAGUGAGGGAUCCGAGGUGGGGAAGAAUCAUAGAGACACCUGGGGAAGAUCCUUAUGUUGUCGGCGCUUAUGCUACUAAUUACGUCAGAGGCUUGCAGGAUGUUGAGGGCACAGAGAACGUCACAGAUUUAAACCUUAGGCCUCUCAAAGUUUCCUCAUGCUGCAAGCAUUAUGCAGCCUAUGAUGUUGACAACUGGCUUGGGGUUGAUCGUCUCCAUUUCGACGCAAGGGUGACAGAGCAAGAUAUGGUGGAAACUUUCCUUAGACCCUUUGAGAUGUGUGUUAAAGAGGGUGAUGUUAGCAGUGUAAUGUGCUCUUAUAACAGAGUCAAUGGCAUACCCACCUGUGCUGAUCCAAAGCUUUUGAGAGACACCAUUAGAGGAGACUGGGGGCUUCAUGGAUAUAUAGUCUCGGAUUGUGAUUCUAUCGACGUAAUGGUGGAUGACCACAAAUUUCUUGAUGACACUAAAGAGGAUGCUAUUGCACAAGCAUUUAAAGCAGGAUUGGAUUUGGACUGUGGAGUCUACUACCCCAAUUUCACCCAAACUGCCGUGGAACAAGGAAAGGUGAAUGUGGGAGACAUAGAUAGGGCACUCAACUACCUUUAUGUUGUGCUUAUGAGGUUAGGGUACUUUGAUGGAAGCCCUACUUUUAAAUCUCUUGGCAAGAAGGACAUAUGCACCAAAGAACAUAUUGAAUUGGCAACAGAAGCAGCUAGAGAAGGACUGGUCUUAUUGAAGAAUGUCAAUGAAACUUUGCCUUUGAACUCUGCUAAAAUCAAAACACUAGCCGUCGUCGGGCCUCAUGCCAAUGCUACCGAAGUUAUGAUUGGAAAUUAUGCAGGUGUUCCUUGCCAAUACACAUCACCUGUUGAUGCUUUCAAAUCCUACGGAGAAGUGAUGUAUGAAGUGGGAUGUGAUGUAGCAUGUCAAAAUGAGAGCUUGAUAUUCCCUGCCAUGAGAGCCGCAAAGAAAGCUGAUGCAACAAUACUUGUGGUGGGAUUGGACUUAUCAGUUGAGGCAGAGGGCUUGGACAGAGUGGACCUCCUUCUUCCUGGUUACCAAACUCAACUUAUCAACCAAGUUGCUCAAGUCUCAAGGGGUCCAGUCAUCCUUGUGGUAAUGUCUGCCGGUUGCGUCGAUAUCAGUUUUGCCAAACAAAAUGAUAAAAUCAAAGCCAUCUUGUGGGCUGGGUACCCUGGAGAGGAAGGUGGCCGCGCCAUUGCAGAUAUUGUUUUCGGACAUCACAAUCCUGGAGGAAGAUUACCUCUUACAUGGUAUGAAGCUAAUUAUGUGGACAUGCUACCCAUGACAUCCAUGCCGUUGAGGCCGAUCGAUAGUCUAGGCUAUCCCGGUCGUACCUACAAAUUCUUCAAUGGCUCCACAGUCUACCAAUUUGGCUAUGGCCUUAGCUACACACAGUUCAACUACACUCUAAAAGCUGCAGAUAGAUCAAUGGAUAUUUUGUUGAAUAACACGCAACAUUGCCGUAACAUUAAGUAUGAGGAUGAAGCAUCCAAGCCACCUUGCCCUGCAGUCCUUGUAGAUGACUUGUAUUACGAACAUGAUUUUUCGGUUAAGGUUGAAGUGAAAAAUGUGGGUAAAAGGGAUGGAAGUGAGGUGGUGUUUGUUUACUCAAAGCCCCCAGAUGGUAUUGUAGGCACACAUGGUAAGCAGAUGAUUGGAUUUGAGAGGGUGUUUGUGAAAGCUGGACAAAGCAAGGAGGUUUAUUUUGUGUUUAGUGUUCCCAAGGCCUUGGGAAUUGUUGAUUACACUGCUUACAAGCUUUUACCAUCAGGCAUGCACACCAUCAUGGUUGGAGAUGAUCAUGGGCUCUCAAUCCCUCUUCAAAUCAACCUUGAGACCAAGUAGACUGAAGUGGUAGUUAAUUUGUUGUUAAUCUUUCUCUUCUAUUCUCAAUUUGUAUACAGUAGGCCCACAUGAUCAAUCAAUAAUAAAGAACUCUUUCUUCUCA